UCCCCCCUAUGCAUGCCCUAGCUCACUGUGCGCUGCCGCUAAUACCCACACACACACACGUGCAACCAGUACCAACAGCUACCUUCCAUUACCUGGCUUCCAUCGUCUUCCUCCCGGCUCCUCUCCAUAUAUAUAUAUAUAUAUAUACCAACGACCUCGCUCGCCUCCCCCUCUCCAUCUCAGACGACGACGACGACGACGACACAAACGAACGAUCGAUCCAUCGAGCUACCUAGCUAUAGCUUACCUUGCAAACCCAAGCAAGCUACCUACAACUACAACAACAACAAUGGCGCCCAGCUUCGGCCGCUCCAUCUCCUUCCAGCUGAGCCCAGCACGCGCCAUCACCCGACCCCGCGCCGCGGCCGCGCGCCACGUCCGCUCCAUCAGCCUGCCGUGCCGCUCCCACUCCCACCCGCUGCUGGCGCACCUGCAGGCUCAGACCGCCGCCGCCCGCGCCUGGGCCACCUCAGACUCCACCUCCCCCUCCCCCGCCUCGGGCCUCGCCCUCAUCGACGCGCUCCACGCCGCGCUCGCCCAGCUCCUCCUCCUCCCGGAGCCGCAGGCCUCGGUCCGCCGCGCCUGCGCCUCAUCCGACCGCCUCCUCGACGCCUUCCUCCUCCUCGCCGACGCGCACCGCGGGUUCCAGGAGUCACUCCUCGCGCUCCGCCGCGACGCCGCCGACGCCCACCUCGCCCUCCGCAGGCGCGACGCCGCCAGCCUCGCCUCCGCCGCGCGCGCCCAGCGCAGGGCCGAGAAGGACCUGGCCCGCCUCGCCGCCGCCGUGUCCUCCUCCGCCGCCCGCCUGUCUGCGCUCGGCGGAACCGCCGCAACCACUACUACUACUGACACUGAGGAGGCCGAGAUGGCCGCCGCGCUCGUGGACGCCGCGGCGGCCAGCGCCGCGGCAUCCGCCGCCGUGUUCUCGGCCGUCGCGUCCGUGUCUGCCGCCACGUCCUCCAGCAAGAACAAGAAGACCGCGACGACCUUAGCUGCUGCCUUCGCCAAGAAGCCGGAGACGGCCGAUGUGGCGCCGGAGAAGCUCGAGGAGCUUGAGCGAUGCAUCGACGAGUGCGAGAGCGGCAGCGAGGUGGUGUUCAGGAGCAUUGUUCGGACUAGGGUAUCGUUGCUCAACAUCCGUACUCCGGCGAUCUAGACAAUCAUCAGUCGCCAUUUCGCCAACACAAGAUAUAUAGCUAACUGUUGUAUACAUACUAUAUAUAUACUGUUUACUUUCAUCUCAUCAGUAUCCAGAUGCAUGCAGAUGGAAAUAACACAGAAAUUCAGUCAAAAAGCAUAGUCCCAGAUAAAAUAAAAGUUUGUACUGUAAUAUCAGGAGGGCAUGCAUUAUCUGACUGUUCAUCAGAUGAAGAACGAACUUAGAACAA